AAAAGCCUUCGUACACGUUUGCAAAAAAAACGGACCACGCUUAUAUAUAUAUAAAACUGCACUCUGACAGCUAACGCAAUACCCUUAACAUCGACUCAUCAACCAUGUCCUUUCCGUACAGUUCUGCUGCCCCACCUGCCGGGCAGGUCAGCAGCAGCGAAAAUGCUCUUCCUGUUGAAUACAUGUUUAGUCAAAUCAUGGGCGCAGUCCAGAAAUCACAAGCUGAGAUAUCUGAUCUCCGGCAGGAAUGUGCUGACCUACGGUUGGCAAACGCAAGCUUGGAACGUCAAAUCCGGGAAGGGUUUCAGCAGCAAAAUGGGAACGGAAACUACUACGCCAGCUCGCGUAUAGGCUCUGGCUUUGUGACUCCAGUGCCCGGCAGCCCUCAGCUCCGGGCCAAAUCCCCAUUCCUAUCUCCGCACAGUAUCCCAUCCCUUGUCACUACACCCACCAACCACUUCCCAUCUCCAUUGGGCGAUAACGCGGUCACUCCUUUCCAACUCGGUGUGCGCGACAUUCCCGGGUUCUACGUUGUAAUUCCCGCAGGAGGUGCUGGUACGCGGUUAUGGCCGCUAUCUCGAGAAGAACACCCGAAAUUCCUUCUCGACUUAACUCUUAAGGGACGUUCCUUAAUUCAAGCCACCUGGGAUCGUCUUCUCCCUCUUUCAUCUCCCCUCCGCACCACUGUGGUUGCGGGUCCCGGCCAUGUUAAGUCCAUCCGCGAGCAGCUGCCUGACCUUCUCGUGCACAACUUGAUUUGCGAGCCUGGUCCAAAGGAUUCUAUGGCAGCUAUCGGACUUGCCGCAGCUGUUCUUGCAAAACGGGACUCCAAUGCCGUCAUCGGUUCUUUUGCUGCUGACCACAUGAUUUCAGGCGACGACGCCUUCCUUUCUGCUGUUGCGGAAGCUGUUGAGGUGGCGAAAAAAGAUUAUCUCGUUACCAUUGGCAUUGCGCCCUCUCAUCCUUCUACCGGCUUUGGUUAUAUUCGACUUGGAAAUAAACUAGGCAUCAAGGAAGCUCCAAACGCAAGGCUUGUUUCCAGUUUCAAAGAGAAACCUGAUGCGCGCACUGCUGCUGCAUAUAUAGGUACCGGAAAUUACCGAUGGAAUGCAGGGAUGUUUGUUACAAAAGCGACUGUUCUCUUGGAUCUUCUUAAAGAAUACAAGCCGGAACUCCACGAUGGGCUACAAAAGAUUGCGGCCGUGUGGCAUGACGAGGCGUUGCGUCAGACCGCUCUCAACGAAAUCUGGCCCGAGCUCGAGAAGAUCCCGAUCGACAAUGCAGUUGCUGAACCUGCCGCUGCUGAGGGUAAGGUUGCUGUAGUACCAGCGACGUUUGGCUGGGAUGAUGUCGGAGACUUCUCUUCGCUCGCAGAUCUACUGCCUGCUGAAUCUAAUCAACCUCGUGUCCUUGGGGACAGCUCUUUGGUGCUGACGGAACAAGUUGCUGGAGGAAUUGUGGUACCCGGCUCAGGACGUCUCAUCACGUGCCUGGGCGUCGAUGAUCUGGUUAUUGUUGACAUGCCUGAUACCCUUCUCGUCACCACACGUGCACGAUCGCAAGAGGUGAAGCGCCUCGUGAAGAAGUGUCGUGAUGCGGGUUGGAAACAACUCCUCUGAUGAGUUGUAUUUUUGGACUUUGGAGUCGGAAACAACAGACUAUGUAGCACAACGGAUGCUCGUGGAAUUGGGAUUUGAUCUCGCACGCUCACAACUUUUCUGAAACUGACUAUGCUCAUACCAUACCUUUUCGAGGCUAGUUAAUAUCUUGUCUUUCUACGUAUGUACAUGUGCAUGUGGUGUUUGUCCAUGGGUACUUAUUCGUCUGCUGAUUAUAAUGG